UGCGAGCGGCCGGGAGGCGCCGGCGCCCGCUCGGUGCGGCUGCCCGGCGGCCCCAGCCUCCCGCCGCCUCUGCGGAGCCGGCACGAAUCGCCUUCCCCCCCCCCGCAGCGGGGAGGGCCACCCCCGCGGAGCCCUCCCCUCCCUCCCUCCCUCCCUCCGCCCUCCUCCCGCCGCCGCACACCCCGAGGAAGGGCUUGUUUUCCUGCCCGGAUGAUGAAUUUCUCCGCAAGGUCAUCCCUGCCCGCGGCGGCGGCGUGCCCGCGGCUCCCCGGGCGCCGCCGCGGAGAUUAGCUUCAUAGGAACCCUGUUGCUGACAGCCUGCCCUGUUGCACCCACGGCUCAGCGAGAAAACUCUGAGGAGAAUCGGAGGGCAAAACACCUCUCGGAGACAGUCCAUGGGGACUGUACCAGAUCCUCUGAGAUCUGCCAAGCUUUCCCUGGUCACAGCUUCUGCGGAGGAGGACCACCUGGGAGACCUGCAGUCUGCUAAGCACCAGCCUCAACGACGCAGCGGAGAGAGGGCCAGCAAUGGCUUCCCGUGCGCGCCAUCGGGCUCUGCUGGGCUUGGCUUGUUCGACCUGAAAUGCCCGGCGGCUGCCAGCGCGCCGAGGUGUGACCAGUGCCGCGAGGACGAUGCUAGCCAGCGGGAAGCCGUUCCUCCUGGGCUCGCUCGUGAAGCUGCGGAGGGGCGGCCUGCAGCCGUAGAGCCCGCUGGUGGCUCCCAGCCGGCGGGCAACCGGGGACCGGCAGCACCGGCCCCCGCUGCAGCAGGAGCCCCCUCGGCGGGGCGGGGGCCGGAGAUGAUGCCAGCCCCCCAGAGCUCCCGGCAGUUUGUGCAAGGCAGCCAGGCGAAAACGAGCUCCCUGAGCCAAACGGAUGACUCUGCCCUGAAACCUCAGGGGACUGAUGAUCAGCCAGCACUUGAGGUGUUAAAUUAUUCUUCCCCAGGCGACCCUAUCAGGGGUAAUGAGUCCUGUGACCCUAUCAGGGGUAAUGAGUCCUGUUGUAGUUCUCAGGCAAACCUUCUGCAAAGAGGGGAAAAGGACAGGGAAGCAGAAAAGACUGGUUCUGCUGCGUGUCAGUCAGCUUCACCAGCGUCUCACACCAAAGCUGACCUGGGGAGAGACCCACAGACCAGUUUGGAGGCAAAAAGUGGGGCUGCAGACACAGCACAGUUGCAUCCCACAGGCAAGACUGAAGUGGUGCAGAGCAGCGAGGCACCAGCCCAGUCUAGCCACGAGAGUCCGCAUCCUGUACGCGACACAGAUGCUGAGCCAGGGAGCCCAGGCCCCAGCCAGCUCUCCAAAUUCCGAGAAACGAGUACAAUGACGGUUCAGCCGGAGAGCAGCUCUUUAACUCAGGAAGCAGUAAGCAGGACAUGUCGAGAUGCUGAGGUUCAGGCCGUGGCUACCAUGGAGAGCAGAUCGGCCUCCACCAGUCCCAGCAUCCUUGCUGCCUUCUUAAAAGGGAAUCCUCCUGCAGAGGAGAAGGAAGAACUGCACGUAAUUUACCAAGGAGGUAUGGGGCUGAGCCACUCUGCACUUACUGACAGUCCAUCCUCACAACAAAAGUCCCCACGUUCUCCUGGUAUCACAUCAAAAUCGACUGUUGUUACGGCUGUGACUGCUUCAGCCCAAACCCAGCCUGUCAGACUUCCCGGGGUCCCACCUGACGUGGUGUCUCCAGCAUCAGCAGAUAAUGCAAAACCCGUUCUCCCCAUCUCCCCUGCAGCCGUUACCUCCCAAGGGACAUCCGUGGGUAAUGCUGAAACAAUCAGUGCGGCCCGUGAUGGCAAGGAUGCUGCACGGCUGCCGAUGGAUGCUCUGGUUCCUCCAAAGCCCAUCCCUGUUGAGCAGCUUGCAGUUGACUCCGUUAAUCAAACUCCAGCACAGUCUGGGUCUGGCACUGGUGAACCAAGCACCACUUCAGCUGCUGCUGUCCCAGGAACUGAGAACAACGUGCAGGAUCUUGUCCAUGACACAGGAAGCAGCUGGUUCCCUGUACUCUGUAGCACAGGCAGUGAAGUCAAGCAGGAGGAGGUCACGGGCAGCUCUGAGCAAAAGAUUGUGCAAAGUAAAGGUGUGAGUGAAGGAGAGACCGGUCCUAAUCAAGCUGUGGUAAAACCAAAGGAUGAGAACUUGGUGGUGCUUGAUCCUAGCGGAGGAAUGAAUGUUACCAGUCAAGCUGCCACUGUCCGCGUAAAGGCAUGCCUGGAGGAUGCAGGUGCGAAGGAGGAGAGCAGAGGCCAGGGAGACACUGGACAGGCUCAGACAGCCGGCGGCCAGAGCCUGCAGGCAGGACUGGCACCCCAGUUGAGUGCAAGUUCUGCACGUCUCAGCCCUCCCUUGGAGGCGUCAGCAGCUCCCCAGCAGCAAGGCCUCCAGGCCAAGGAGUCCAGACAUCAGCUUCACCCAGCAGCUCUUCCUGCUUCAGCUCCGGCCUUGCCAAACCUGGGGGAAAACAAGAAGCAGCCCACCCUGGCCAUGGAGGCAAAAGUGCAGGUGAAGCAGUCCAAACACGUCAGGGAUGUUGUUUGGGAUGAGCAGGGCAUGACGUGGGAAGUUUAUGGUGCUUCCCUCGAUCCAGAAUCCCUGGGAAUUGCCAUCCAGAACCACUUACAGAGACAGAUACGGGAACAUGAGAAACUGAUCCGGGCCCAGAACAGUCAGACCCGGAAAUCCAUUUCCUCGGAUACAUCCUCAAAUAAAAAACUGAAAGGGAGGCAGCACAACGUGUUCCAGUCCAUGCUGCAGAAUUUUAGGCGUCCUAAUUGCUGUGUCCGACCCGCUCCCUCUUCUGUGUUAGACUGACGUGGGUUGCAGGGGUGUGUAGAUACCUGUGGUGGUAGAGAGAAUCCCUCCCCUCAAGUCUCAAGUCCUGCUGUUCAGUUGUGUUACUGGGGUUGUGAUGCAGCAACAGUGGAAAAUUAUUCCCCUUUGUUUUCUGAGUAGCCACGCGCUCCAUCGCACUGUUAUUCUUGCCACAGCUGGUGUAUUUCCACAUUAUACCCCCACCCCCACUACUGUCAGAUGAAAAGCUAGGCACUUAGCAAAAGCACAAAUCUCGAUUGCCACCUCGCUGCGGGAAGAGCAGCACCUUCGGAUAAAGCGAGAAGCAGAGAGAUUGUCAGAAUUACUAUGGGAAGUUAUUUGUGUGCAUUACGAGGUCUUACACAAAGGGAUGAGCUGGGGGAAGCUGGGUGAGGUGAAACUGAGUUCCAACAACUGUAAAGACGGAACGCCAGACAACUUUCCUGGUGUGUAAGUUACCCACGCUGGGCAAAUCUGUGAAAAAGCUGUAGACAUUGAUCACUGAGCAGUCUUGCUUCUGUCGAUCCCGUUCUCAUGUGAGCCCCAGAGAGCCAGGUCUUCCCCUCCCACUGAAGUGGAGAACCAGGCAAAGAGUCGGGAUCAAGGCUGCAGGGAUUAUCUCUUCGGGAGAAGUCAAGUCAGUGGGGUUUUGAUGGCUAGAAGGGGAGGUGAGAGAGGGAUAUAUUCCGCGGGCUUUUUCUCCCCUGCAUCGGCCACGCUUAAGGUGUGAGCAGGGGGCGCACACAGGGCAGGGCGAGGCACGAGGGAGCACCUCGGUGGAUGUACCCGCACCCGACGGCACGGUGCCCGCGCUGGGGCCGCGGCGCUCCAGCCGAGCCUUUCACGAGCAGCGAGCCGCUCGGGCUCCUCAGCCGGCGUGGGUGGCCCCCGCUUCCAGCCCCCCGCAGCAACGAGCACCUCUCCUCUCUGUCACUCUUUAAAAUAUGUGGAUCUUUUUUCUCUCUCUGGAGGUGCACAGUAAUGUUUUCCCACCGGAGCAGGCUGUCCUGUGCAUCUGGGUCCAUGAGCCAACAUGUCUAGUGAGUUACGCUGAUUUUUUUCCUUUUACGUCCUUAGCCAACUCUACUUUUUUUUUUUUCUUUUUUGCACAGUAUUUUGGUGCUUUUCUUGCAGCCUUUCAUAAACCAAAUACCUUUUAUUUAGCCUGUGCGUAUUUGUUUUACCUAAUGCUCUCUAUAUUAUAAACUAUUAUAUUGUUAACUUGAAUCAUUUACUUUACAGAAGUACUGAAAUCUUGAGACAAUCUUUGCUGUAUUUCUAAUGUUAGAAAAGUUGUAGUAACUGCUAAUAAAAGGUAGCUUAGUGACUGUUUCUCCAGAAGUGUGAUACACAAUAAUGUCUCAAAUGUAUGUUGGUCACAUUUCUCACCUUAAUAAUAUUUUCCAACCUGGGAAAUGUGUUUCCCACUAACUUUUUAUUCUGUCCACUAGAGUUCAUGAUGGGAGGCUGGGGAACUCCUACAGUUUGUAGAAAAUUUAGUUUUCAAUCCUGCAAAGCACUGAGGAUUUGGAUAUUGUAAUCUUGCAGAGUACUAGAGUUAAAUAGGGGUUAUUUUUAUUCCAUUAAAGAUUUUUAAUGAAUCAUGAUGAUAAUUUAUUUCUGUCUCUAGUACCACUCACCUGACUUACUGUAGAUCUUACUCUUACAACUUACUCUGUAAAUCUUACAGGUUUACAUAGCGUAAAUGAGUAUUAAUAUCUUUUUUUCCUUUUUUUUUUUUUUUUUUCCUGUGAAGCAGACCUGAGGUGGUCCCCUUUUAUUUAGGAGGCCAGACUUUUUGAGUAUAUCAACUGCCAACCCUUCGAAGCAGCUGUUUUGGGGCAAUUUUUCCCCAGCAGAAAGAUAAAAUACAGUAUUUCAACCCAGUUCAAUGAUAGGUGUUGCCCCUAGGCAGAGUACUGAACUGACUGCUAGUUUUCCUCUGGUAUAUAUUGGGGGGGCUUUAUGGCACGUCCCUGUUGCAUUCCUGUACAUCAUUUCAAGUCCUCUCCCACUUGAUGCUGAACUGCUAAUUCUGAAAUACCACCUCUGUCUACCAGGAGGAAGGUCUCCUACCUUUUUUCUGUUAGUACUACUGUUUCCAUCCCCCUGCUAGCAGUGUCCGAGAUGUGCGUUUCAUGUGAAAUUUCGUGUGGGAUUAAUACUGGCAGUAUCGCUAGGUCAGGUUAGUUGACAAGUUCGGUGUCUCUUCCCACGUUGUGUCCGUGUCAGCCCUGAAGAGGUUUCCCCGAGUUGACUGCAGUGUUUGCUGUGUCCUGUCCAGGUCCAAGGCUUUGCGGUGCUCCUUCGGCCCCCUCCCUCCCUCCCCAGCCUGUCUCCCUGCGAAACAGUGUCCCUUGGCUCAGCUUGCAUCCCUCUCUCCACUGUCCCCCUCGCUGUAGUGUUGUGAGACAGCUUACUCUGAACUGUCCCUUUACAAAUAUGCUCAGUCUGAAUAUAUAAAUGGAUUGUCAUAUUUUUUUCCAGGGGAGAAUAAAUGGCUGUCGCGCAUUCACCAAUUUCCAUGAACUUUAUCCUUUAGCUUAAGCUCCCCAAAAUAUUUCUAGCGUAUGGGUAUGAGUUGCUUUACUGAGAGGAAACUGGGCUUGGCAAUGAACGUGCAGGGUGCUGGGCCAGCACUGGAAUUAACUCUUCUUCAUGAGGAGUGGGAGAUCUCUCCAGGUUCCCUGCAGCUGCUUUCAGCUGUGAAUCUCCACCAGUCGUUCCACCCACACCUCCCUCCCCACCCCAAACAACCUUUCUUCCAGGAAAAUUUCAUCAAUACAUACAAACCCCAAAACACUGGCGGGUAAGUUACUAAGUGGAUGCAUCUGAACAACUGCAUGGGCAUAACUGGAAAAAAACAUAGUGGUCAGCAGAGCACUGUGCUUUUGUAUUCUGGGAAAAUAUGAGUGUAAAGACAAAUUUAGCGCUGCUUGGUGGGCACAGAAGUCCUGCAGGUGUGUGUUUGAAGCCAAGCAAUAACAUGCCAAAAAACAACACAAAAACGAGUCAAUAAUCACCAGCACAUCUCAUGGAAAAUAUUUUAGGUUUUCACUUUGCCUAGGGCAGACUGUAGGCAACCUGCUAGUUUAAUACUGGUAAUAUAUGCUUUCUCCUGCAUACAGUGUCUAGAUGAUGAUGUGAAUCCUUGUACAGAUGAUGCAUCUUUCACCAGCAGCGAAACAGAACCAUGUUUUGGGUAGCAGUUAGCAAAUAUUAUGCGUGCGGGUGGUCUUGUAGCAGCCAAGAAAGACUGUUCUUGGUGUCACGUUAGCGUUGAAAAUGAAAGUGUGCCUGGAGUAGGGGUAUGACAGAGGGUAGGGGGAGAUGACCUGUGUGCCACCAGCCCACUCUUUUUUCUCUGACCAGUGACUCAGAAUCACAUUGCACUGGUGGAAUGGUUAAGAACCAAGGAAACCCAUUUGAGCUAAUAAAAAGAGGGUUCAAAACAGAAAGCACUUUGUCAUUCCCAAGAGUAAACCUGUAUUUAAAAACAAAAAAAAAAAACAAAAAAAAAAAACAAAAAACAACAUGAAACAAAGAGUAAAAGACCUGUGUUGCAGCCUAGCCAGUUGAAGUAACUCUUGAAUUCAGUUUAUUGCAAGAUGAGAAAGUCUGGGGAACAAGCUAAUCAUCAGGAAACUUCCCUGUUGAUUGCAUCUUCUGGCCAGAACCAUUAAUAAAAGCAGUGAAUGCAAAUGGAAGAGUUACUUCUAGUUUCACUUCAGAAGCUUUCCACUAGGAAAGAUGAGAAUAAGCAUGUUUCAAUGUUGCCAAUACAACGCCUGAGUUGAAGGAGAAUCUUGUUGCGGGCAAUUUGCAAUAUAGUCCCGGGUUUCUUGUGAGCCUGUGCCAUCCACCACAGUCUGUGUGUGCUUGGUUGGUGCCUGCCACCUUUGUGUUGCCUUGGGCACAAGUGCUGAAGUCCUGCCUUGUUUCUGCUGACCUGAUUUGCAAAAAAGAGUGGGGAAAGAGAUGGAGGGACAGGGAAGAGAAUAUCUGUCUUCUCCAUCUCAGAGAAAGAAAACCUUCUUUUGAAUAUACAAGAGGGAACUGCUGAGAAACAUGGGGAGGGAGGGACCAAAAGAGACGUAAAACAAAGUUGAUGUAGGUGCUUCACAAGGAAUUCCUAUUUCUGCAAGGCCAGUGUUUUGCUUAAGUUUUGCCCAUUUGUUCAUUCUGAGCUUACACAUUUUGCAUAUUGUUGGUGUACCAUGACUUUUGGGAAAAUGAACAUUUUCAAAGGCUGUAUAUUUUACUCAUAUGUAUAGAUACAUCCAAAUACAAUUCAACAAAACCACUAGGCAAGCAACCUCAGUUUAUUAUUGCUACUAUGAUGUAAGAGCUUGUAAAAUGCAGUUUGGAGAAUUAUAUUCAAGGGAUUCAGAAAAGGUGAACAUAUGCUCUAAAAAUAAUAUUAGCUUUUAUCUUGAAUUUCAUGACUAUGUUGAAAUAUUAAAGUUAGCAGUGUUGAAGUUGAUGGAAAAUUCAAGUUGGCUGCCACUGGUUUUCAGUUUGGAAACUUGAUGGAAUUGUUUAGUGUUUCAUUACUUAGUUCAGUGUAUGCAACGUUUGUAUGAAAGUACAAAUUUUAUUAGCUUAUUGACUCCAUUGUCUUUUUCUGUGUCUACCCUUCUACACCUUUUGAAAAUUAAUGCAAAAGGUUACCAAGACAGAGUCUUUCACACCCAGUUUAUGGAAAUGGCUGCUCUGAAUGAGAGACAACUGAUUGACAGGCUCUUUGGUCUUAGAAAGUUAAAGGCUAUGUCCUGAAGGAAUCUUUUUUUUUUUCUUUCCUUUCCUUUUCCCCCCAGCUUUUGUAACGUCUUAACCUCUGCCAGUUUAUUUUUUGGUGACUCUGUGAUGCCUGUGUGUGCGGUUAGUAUUUUCAGUCAUCCCAAAGAUACACACAUAGAUUCUUAUUCAAAUGCUGCAUACUACCAAGUAUCUCUGGAGUCACUAGAAGCUGCAGUGGUUCGUGUGCCUGAAGGUCAGGUCCCAUACACUGAAAUGACUGCAGUAUUUUCUUAGGGGCCUAAAUUAUCCCACUUGAGUCAGUGUAGAUGUUUAAAAGAAAGAAUGAACUAUUACAGCUGGAUUGAGCAAAACUGAAAUCAAUAUAAUCAGGUUUUUUUAAAACUUUGAGAUUUAUUGGCUAUUUAUGCUUUGUGCUUUUCUGAGCAGCUCUUCCUUCCUGGAGUUUAUAAUGUGGAUGUUGCAUCAAAUCCUGGCAAGGCAGAUUUUGCAGUGUGAAACAUCUUUCACCAUUCAGGCUUCUUUAAAGAAGAAAAUGCUGUUAUUACUGAUCCCAGUCACACAGAGAGGAAAUAUUCUUUCCUCUAGGAAAACGUUUGCUGUAGGUAAGCUUGUGUGUGUGUGUGUCCAUGUUUAAAAGGGGUGUCCAUGUGUGCAGAUGUCAUGUAUUACUCAUUCUCUGAGACAAUUUUUUCCCUCUGCCCUUCUGAUUGAAUGCUGGAUGCUUAUCAUUUUCCACAAUUUUGAGGCAAGUUUAGAUCACUCUUCAAUACAGAAACAAGGAUUUUCUCCUUAUCUGGUCUCAAAAAAUUCCCACAACUGUAUCUAAAAAAACUACCAGUUGGCCAACCUCCAUGUCUAGACUGUCAGCAGAAAGUGCAGUGGCUGGGGUGUACAGAGAUGCACACUGGCUUCUGAGCUUUGUGGAAAUCCACACUUUUAUGUACAAACUGGUUUCUGCACAGAGACUAUGGGUGAUAGCAAGCAUCUGGGCUCAUUAGGAGCAGAAUCACGUCAACCGAGUCCCAUUUGAAAUACUAGACCUUGAGUUUUUGUUAGCUUUCUGCUUAGACUGAUGUUCUCUGGAAUAGAAAUAAAUUACAAUUCUGCCAGCAAAGUCUCCAGCAGUUGUCUGCUGCAGAAUACAAGUCUCUCAGAUGCUUCUCAGCAGCUCUGCUACAACAGGUAACCCUUCUGCUGGAGGGUCCUCCUGACAACACUUCCCUUAGCCGAAUUCAUAAUCAGUAGUUUCAAGUGUGUCAAAUGCAAGUUUAGACACUGCCCUGAGGAGUUUCAGUAAAAUGGAAGAGAAAGCUCCAUGCGUUCAUGGUGCAUAAAAUCACAUCUGAAGCCUGAAGUUAGGGGGUCAGUUGCACACUGAGAGCAUUGGGAGUUUCUAUCCAGAAUUAAAGGGAGAGAGGGUAGGUGAGCUUUGAAUUCCUGGCUGCUGCAAGCACCACAAAAAUCACGGCCAUGAAUCAGUCAACAACAGAAGAAAACCAACUUGGGGGCUUCUAAUGACAACUAAUAUUAUUGUGGCUUUAUUUUUAUAGUUACACUGACUGAACAUGAUGUACUGUAUGAAGUAAAGCUAGUAUUAGGCUUCCAGGUGUACUGUGGCAUUCAUUCAAGACAUACCAACAGAAGUUUGCAUGUGAAGAAGUCUUACAGUGAUAGGAAUUUAAUGUUUUGCUGUUUUCCAUCUCCUGAUUUCCAUUCUGAGUACAAUAAAAUGAACACUGUCUUAA